AAUGAGCUGAGAUUUGUUCCACUUUUUGCGGCAAAGCAAGAUAAGGAGAAGGAAGAUAAGGAAGAUCGGUGAAUUCCUGACGGAGGACUCGUACCGGUGCCAAAUGAAGAUUCUGAUGGUGUUUGAUUUUGACCACACCGUGGUCGAUGCCAACAGUGACACUUGGGUGGUCAGGUGCCUUCCUGAUAAGGCACUUCCUGGCUCUGUGGAGAAUUCGUACAGAAAAGGCUACUGGACUGAGUACAUGGGCAGGGUGCUGAACUACAUAGGGGAGCAGAAGGUGAGCCCAGACAGGGUUCGCAGUGUGAUGGAGACCAUCCCCUUCACAGCUGGAAUGACUGAGUUGCUGACAUUUAUAGCAGAGAAUAAAAAUGCCAUUGACUGCAUAGUCAUCUCUGAUUCCAACACCUUGUUUAUAGAAUGGAUUCUCCAUGCUGCAGGACUCCAGGCGGCUGUUGACAAGGUUUUUACCAACCCAGCUAAGCUCAAUGAGUUGGGCCACAUUGAGGUGCAGUGCUAUCAUUCUCACGCCUGUGAUCAAUGCCCUGUUAACCUCUGCAAGAAAAAAGUCCUGGAGCUUUACCUUUCUGAGCAAUCUGAUGCCGGCGUGGAGUAUGAGCAAAUCUUUUAUGCGGGGGAUGGGGGGAAUGAUCUCUGCCCUACUUCCUGUCUGAGAGGCCGUGAUGUUGUGAUGCCAAGAAAGGGAUACACUCUGGAGAAGCUGCUAGCCAAACUGGAAGGUCAGGAGGGCAACUUUUCUGUAAGAGCUAAAAACAUUGCCUGGAGCAGUGGCACUGACAUUCUCCGGGAGCUGAAAGCAAGCAUGCAGUCGUAGCCGUGGCACAUGAAAUAUUACAAAUAUUGAGCCUGCACUGCAGGAUCCAUUGUGCUGCCUGUAUUCUUUUUUUUUCAUAUUAUAAUUCAAAAUUUUAGAAGAUUUCAUGAAAUUUUUAACUUAUUUAAAACGACAGCAUUUGCACAUGUAAACCAGUCUUUUAAAAAGGGUAAUUUGUCUGCAG